UCCUGACAGCGUUUGGAAACUCCCUUUUAAUUCUCACCUGGAGCCUCUUGAGGAUUGAGCAGAGAGGAGUUUCUCAAGCCAGAUGAGAGCACAAGCUGCAAGGACUGUUCAAGACUGGUCGCUCUCUAAGGAACAAGAGUUUCCUAAGAAAACGGGAAUACCGUUGAAAUGCCUCACCUGAACUUUCCAGACCACAUUCACAUGGGCCGCCCGAUGUAAAGGAUUUCACAGCGCCAAACAAGGAAACUGAGGGAUCCAGAAGUUACAGGCUGUGCAAUGUCAUCUGGCCGUGAGUCUGUAGGGGAUCUGAUUCCCCCAGAUAUGCUGCAGGUGUUCAGUCAGGACCAGCAGGGCGGCAGGGGCAAAAGGGGCAGGAGAAGGGCAGCAUCCUUCAGGCGUGCUUUCAAGUGGUUGAAGCGCCAGCGCAGGAAAACCCGCCGACGCGCUACAGAGAUGCAUGGAGACCUGCUUGCCACUGGUUCACCUGUAGAGCUACCAAAAUCAUCACUUGUCACAGCCCCUAAAGAGGAAGCUAUUUCUCUUCAGGAGUUCCAAGAAAAUGUGUUUGUGGAGGGUAAUCGGCCUAAAUAUGUGUUGGACCUGCACACAGAGGCACAGCAGGGCCUGAAAAUGCAGCAGCAAGAGGAUGAUAGGAAUGGGAUUGACUACCCUGAUGACCAGAGUAUGAUUUCAACAGUAACAGCUCAGACUGAAGACAGCAUGGCCUUCAGUGAGCUGAGGGGCUUUGAGUCUGAGAGCACAGCGGCCGAUUCUGUUUCGAUGCGCUCCUCCAUCUCCUCACGAUCAACACGCUCAGGACUCAAACGCCAAGCCUCAACAUUCAGCCCUCUGAAGCCAGAUAAGACUGCAGAGAAGACAAAGUCUCGCAGGAAACAUGGGAGAACUGUUGUAGGAAUUCCUCGACAUGUCCAGAAAGAACUGGGGUUGGACCGGGCAGCAUGGAUCACCACAAGACCUCUUGAUGAUCAGCUGUUCAAUGGAGACAUGAUCAUACCUGCCAUAAUUUCCACUGUGGACAGCACGUCUUCCAGCUCUGAACAAGAAAGUGUACAAGACCAUCUACAGGGCAUACAGAACCUGUACACAGUUAAAAAAUACAACGCAGAGCUCCCCAGACUGACAAAACCCAAAGAUGACAUCCUCCAUGGGCUCAUAAACCAUUCUGUAGAUCCAGAAAUGUCAGGAGCAGGCGUUCUAGGUGUUCCUUGGACAGAGAACCCAACCGGUGCAGUAAUGUCCAUCUCACCUCAGGCCACAUACAUGUCUAAAAUCAUUCCAAAUGCUGUACUUCCAUCAUCUGUGGAUGUUGUGGAGCUCAGUCGCAGCCGAAGUCGCAGCAGUGUCCGAACCGUCAGCAAAAGCAGCCUGGUGUCAGCCAGUCCAGCAUCCACACGUGCUUCCUCCAGAGUCUCUUCACGUUGUUCCACAACCCACUCAAACUACUCUGGAUGGUCCCACUCGGGAUCAUCAGAAACGCUUGUAUCCGAUUCUUCUACCAUCUCCAGCAGUAGCACUCCCCGUGUGGCCAGCAGAGGGAGUCAGGUUGAGAACACGAAUAGACCAGUUAAGCUGAACAACCACGGUUCUCAUGUUAAAACUACUCAUGUGAAUGGGGGCUCUACUGAGGAGGAGGACAGCGGAAAGACAGGAUCUGCUGCUGCUUUCACACGUAACCUAUCGGUGAUUAAACGGGGCAAGAAACCUCCAGCUCCUCCCAGCAGGUCAUACUCUUUACACAACAGGAAACAGACCUGGAAGACAUCUGAGAGCUCUACCUACUUGGCUGAUGUCAGCACUCCAGAUGGAUCACCAUACCCUGCUGUCAUGGAGGCCACCACUCACAAGUUGACAACUUCCCCAUCAAAGGAGAGCCAGCCAGUCAGCACAGAUAAGAAAACUAUGUUAGCUGAGCUACAGAUACACAGAAAUAACCUUCAAGUGUCUUCCAUUGGCGCACCCCAAUCAUACACACAUGGCACCCGUAAGCUUGCUGAACUUAAGAACAACCUUCUGUCUGCAAAAAGUUUAAUCAGUGGUAACAAUUCCUCACCAGCUGUGAUGGCUCUGUUGUCUCUGUUUGAGAUUCCCACCCAUCCCAAAGUACUGGCUCCGCCAGCUCCUCCUCCUGAGACCUGGGCUCACAACCAGCGGACUUUUGAACUGCUGUGUGGGCUCGGACCUGUUAACUAUGCACGCUGGGCCAAAAAGAGAGGUCUUAAAAUUGCAGAUGAACCGGAUGUGGCUUUGGCAAAUGCUGACAGAGUAGCACCUCUAUUGCAGCCAGUAGAGAUAAAAGGCAAAGUUGAAUCCGCAGUGCCGGUUGCCUAUGUCGCCCCAUCUCCAUCACCUCCCCCAGAUCAUUGCCCACCAAUACCAAACAACAGCCAAGCCAAACCUCCUCCACCCCCUCCUGACUUUGUUCCCCCAACUCCUACACUAGCUGCUAAAGCAAUAAAGGACUUGACUUCUUGGAUCCCUCCACCUCCUCUGUUUCCUCCUCCAGCACCUCCAGUAGGUACGACUACAGCAACUCCUGUCGCUGUGCAAUAUGAUACUGACCUCCCUCCACCGCCGCCACCAUUUUCGCCACAGUCUUUACUGACAAUGCCUCAAUUACCACCAGAUAUUCCACCACCCCCACUGCAGGAAGUUCCACCUCCACCAAGACCACCUUCUGAACCACAGAAAAUCUCAUCCCGUCUGCAAGAAUCCAUACCUUCUACACAUAAUGUGUUAGUAACAUCGUCUGACACUUCUCAACAAAUCAACGUUCCUCCACCUCCCCCACUACCCACCGAUGCAAGAUCUCAAGUCACCGUUCCUCCACCUCCUCCACUGCCCACUGAUGUUAGAUCUACACAAGUCACUGUUUCUCCUCCUCCUCCACAACCCACUGAUGUAAGAUCUCAACAAGUCAUUGUUUCUCCUCCUCCUCCAAAACCCACUGAUGUAAGAUCUCAACAAGUCAGCGUUCCUCCUCCUCCACAACCCACUGAUGUUAGAGCUAAACAAGUCACUGUUUCUCCUCCUCCUCCACAACCCACUGAUGUUAGAUCUACACAAGUCACUGUUUCUCCUCCUCCUCCACAACCCACUGAUGUAAGAUCUCAACAAGUCAUUGUUUCUCCUCCUCCUCCACAACCCACUGAUGUAAGAUCUCAACAAGUCAGCGUUCCUCCUCCUCCUCCUCCACUACCUAGUAAUGUGAAAAUGGAGGACACACUAGAGACGACAGAAACAGAGAAACGGACAAGCAGUCCCUCUCCAGCCAAAGAGGAGACCUCCAGUCCUAUGGUCACCCAGUCUCUCCUACAGAUGGUUCGUCUUAGGUCAGUUAAGUCCAGUCAGAGCCCUGCUGUAGGUCCUGAUAAACCAUCACAACCCAAACCAAAAUCAGGUGUCAGUCAAGAGGCACCUCCAAAGCCCAUCAGACGAUCUUUGAUUUUGACAUCACUGCCCCCUGAUGUAGAAGCUCUUUCCAACACCGAGCCAAAAACUGAAGCUCCGUCCAUCAACACAAACACAACCACUGUAUCUAAUACUCAGCAAAGAUCAUCCGAACCAGAAACUCAAUCAAAUAACAUUGCUCAAAAAACAGAAAACACAAUACUUGAGCCAAAAUGCUCAUUAGCUACAUGUCCACCUACCGAACCAGGUAACAACCCAGUUCCUGCUGAACCAGAAACUAAACAACCUUGUGCUAAAACAGAACCCAAACCCCAAACCCUCAAGGAACAAAUUCAACCUACUGUGCCUGACCCAGAAACCCUGCCAAGUACAACAGAACCAAAGGACCAAUCAAUCAGUGAGCCAAAGACUCAACUUCUGGCACAAGAACCCAACAAGAUCCCGCAUAAUUCAGAGAAGCAAUCAAGCUCCGUUGAAAUACACUCAAAGCCAGAUGGUGAGCAGCCAAAAACCCAAACACCAGUGCCCAUUGUCUCUUCCACACCUCCCAUAGUCUCUUCAGCAGCAAACCCCUCCAUGCGUCUCCAGGAAGCCAUUCGUCUUAAGGCUGCUGCUAUGUCUUCAAAAGACAACCAAGCCAAGCGGUUUGGUCUACGAGCCCCUCCUCUAGCCACGUCUAAUGCCACCUCUACUGUACCAAACUCCCCUGCAUCUAUGGCCAGCUUCAUCUUCUCCAAAAGCCCAAAGAAGGUCGUAAUAAAGACACCGUCAUCCUUAGAGGUUCAGGCUGACCUGAGGAAAACGCUGGUGGCAGAGUUAGCAUCUGUCUCUGAUUCAGCCAAGUCUAAUGACUCCCUCAAGAUGGCUAACAAAGUUCCUCCACCAAUUGCUAAGAAACCCAACGCUAAGGUUGAGAGCGUUGCUCAGAACUCUGCAGAGGCCAAAUUUGUAGCCAAGACUGAGCAUGUGCAAACAGAGACUGUACAAACUGCCGGACAGGACGUACAGACAGAGAACUCUGAGAAAACAAAUGAAUGAAUAUGUGCACAGAUGAUUUAAUAAGCCUUAAGUUUUUACUUUAUUUUGCAUAUAACCCAGGCUUUAAAUCCUAGGCCCAAACUGCUUAAGCAAUUUUGAAAUAUAAAAUCCAAAAAAAAAGUCUUUAUGUACAGAUAGGCAUAUUGCACUUUUUGUACACUGGUUUAGUGUAACUGAUUCUCAUUCAUCAUGGGAAUGCAUGUCACUGGUAUUUGGAAUUUAUAAAUAUUCUUAUUUUAUUUAUGUGUCCUCUUUCUUAGACAGAAGCCAUGCUACCUUCAAGUUUGUAGAGCUCCUCCCUGCUGGUAGCCCUGUAAAAAUUACGGUAACAUAGCAGGACCAAUUAAUCUCUAUGGUGGAUUUUUACAGUCAUUUAUGUAUGUCUGAAUACGAGAGCAGUAUGAAAGGAAAUGAAGGUAAAGAACGUAAGUAAAAAGAAUGUAAAGAAGCCAAACCAAAAGAGGGAGAACAGUCAGGAGAAUGGAACAUUGAUUUUGGGAUGGGGUUUGUGACUAUUGUUUUCUGUUUGCAGUGUGUUACUAAGCCUAUUUUUUACCUUUAAACCAUUGUCAAUAAAGGUGAUCAUACACAAAGUAUCCAUACAGUAUACAGGAAUGUGGAGAAGGAAUCCGAGCAAGUAUAAAUGAAACAGAAGGAUGGAGCUGAUGAAUGAAACAAAAGCUGUUACUCACUAUUGUAAGUGUGCAAGUAGGGCCAAGAAGGUGGUGAGAAGUAAUGAAACCGCAUAAACAAAAGGUCUAAGGUGUUAUUCUCUGUGUAAUCAUUACUUUUGGUUUAUUUUUUGUAUUUUCACAGAGAAUUUCAUAAGUUUACAUACUUGAUGUACAUUACAGUCUGCUACAAUCUACAAAUAAAAGAAAAAUGUUUUUAAUA